AUGGCGCUUCAGGCAGUGUUUCUAAACUUGCUGCUUUUAUCCGUAGCUGCAGUAACUAGAUCAUUUGCAAAGGAAGCAAGCGGACCCGGAAGCGCUGUACCAACCAAAGCACAGCGACAUCUAAAGCGUAGCGCCGGUAAACGUUGGGAUGCUAUCCAUGACGUUAUACGAGCGGAGAUCAAAUCAGCAACAAAGCACUUCCUCGAGGAGCGUUCUCGGGCUUUAGUACUGCCAAUCGAGGUGGACCUGCUUUUAGUGGGCUUUGAAGGCGAUGGUGGCUAUGGCUACCAGCUGGACAAAAAUGCGCUCGAUGAACUACUAGGGACUGCCACGGUUGCACGGAGCUGUGCUAUUCCUGCCCAACAGGAAGUCUUUGACGGGAGAAACAACCCGCCAACUUUUAAACUCAAAUAA